UGUGUGCGUGUCUGUCAAAUGUGAAAAUAUUACAAUUUAGAACGGCAUCAAGCAGCUAGCGUAUUGUAAAAAAAAAAAAACAAAAUUGUAGAAAUAGCUGCAAAAGCCGUUAAAAUCAUACCUUGUCGUCACACAUAAUUAGUUAAUCGUUUUAGAGAGCAGUUAGUCGGGCAGUAUGGACCAUAGAUUCAGUGCCUACGGCAUUGGGCAGCGUCGACAGCCCAAUGAUACAUCGUCUUUUGCGCCAAUUCGCAGCGGCGGCGGCGGAGGUGGUGUUGGCGGUAUUGGUGGUGGUUGUGGUCCAUUCGAUGAUAAUUUUCGUAGGUCAAUGAAUAAUAUUGACAACGGUUACAACAAUCAACGGUAUGCAGAUAUUGAUAACAACAAGUUUGGCGGCAUGCAAUCAAACAAUUACGGACGCUCCGGCGGCGACAUUGGCUUCUCUAACUUCAACAAUAACCACAACAACAACAGCAACAACAACCAAAGGUUCGGCAAUGCCGGCCGUGGAGCAGACCAUGUGAGUGCUGCGCCGAUUAAGAGCAACUUUGAUGAUAAAUUUCGUGGACCGUCGCAGCAGACGCAGUCAAAUUUUCUGGGACGCACUUUCGACCAGCGAUUCAAUAUAAGCGGCAACGACAACAAUCGAAAUGCUAGCAAUAACGGUUAUAUGUCCAGUUCCGACAAUUAUCGUGGCCCUCAGCAACAACAACAACAACAACAGCAGCUGCCAACAAACUUGGGCAUGAGUCGCUCUGUUAGCGAUCUUAGCUACAACAACAACAACAGCAAUAGCAGCAACAUUAACAACACUGACAAUCAACGCUUUUACAACAAUGAUCGCAAUAUCGAUACUUAUCGACGUGGCGAUCAUUUCAAUGACAAUUUGCGCGGCCAGGAAUCGAGUAAUUUGGGGCGCAACGGCUCCAAUUUUAAGUUCAACAAUGAACGCACUACUGCGCCUUAUAAUACGGGUAACUUUGGCAACUUUAACGAUCGCGGCAUCAAUGACGACUUCCGACGGCCGCAGUCCAACGAUUUCCCCAUAAACAACAACAACAACAGCAACAAUAAUCAACCAUUCUAUAACAACAAUAGCCAAGCAUCAAUUGGGGCUGGCAACUCGAAUGUGCAGAAUUAUCGCGGCCCAAACAAUGCUAGGCCCGCUGGCGAGGCUUACGCAGUAAUGGAGACGGUUAACGCUCUGAUGAAGAACCAAUCCAACUGGCAAGUGGGCAACAACAACUUUGGCUUCGGCCAGGGCAAACCGAAUGUUGGCGGCAAUCGCAACAGCAAAUGGAAUUUCGACAACAAUAGCGGUCCCAAGCUCAAUGCCAAUCCCAAUCCCAUGCCAGUUGGCAACAGACCGCCGCAGAUGCUCAAUCAGGGCAGACCACCAGCUGCCAGGCAAAUAAUCAACAACAACAGCAACAAGCCACAGCUGCCCCAUGCCGCACGCAGGCCGCCAGUUGUUGUCAACCGGCCGCAAAAUCCGCAACAAAAGCAAAUUAUUAAAAAUCCAUUGAACGCUAGAAAUCAACCAGCUGUGGCCCAGUCUGUGGCACUCAAUGGCGGCAAGCCGAAGCCAGCUCAGCUGCCGGUCAAAAAGAAUCCGAUCGCGGCGCCAGCUCCAAAUACUCAAGCGAAAAACAAAGCCAACAUCAGCAGCAGCAACAACAAACCACAGGAAGUCAAGAAAGAAGCUCCCAAAACUAAUGCUAAAGUUCCCGGUCAGAAACGCGUAGCCGAGGCAGUUCCCGUGCCGCUCACCAAGGCCGACAUCAAGCGUCGCAAGCUUGCGGUGAAGCGCGGCUUUUUGCUGGGCGGCUUCAAGCUGCCGUAUAUCAACAAUCAGAAGGUGGCACUGCCACAGCCGGAGGACAAGUCGUAUGCGAUCAUGUUCUUUGAGCAGGCGCCGAAUUACAGUACAAGCGGUGAGGAGCUGGACGACGAGGCACUGGCGGAGAUGCCCAGUUUCGAGCAGGAGGGCAAGAAUGCGGGUCGCACAUUGGUGAAGCGCAUUCGCAAGCGCUUGCACUAUGAGUGGGCCAUCAAGGAGGAGUCCAAGAAGUACUCAUCCUGGACAGCCUGGUGGACGGAUUACAAGUGGUGCGAGGCGGCCAUUAAGGAGCAGCUGCAGCCAUUUGGCAGCAUCAAUUUGCGCAAUUGCUUUAUACCGGACUUUCCAAGGUUGACAACCGAUCAGGUGGUCGAUGUGAUUGUCAGCCAGGGCCAAUUUGCGCUGGAGAAGAAUUCCGAUAAUUAUUACAAUAACAUGAAGUCCAUAUUUACAUUGAUGAAUGUAACCUUUUUGGAGAACCUCAAGAUGCCGAACACCGAGAAGGUACAGGACAUGAUACGCGGCGUGCCCAACGAUUUCUGGACAUACAAAAUGCGCAGCAUGGUCUUCUUGUGGGCACAGUAUCUAAAAAUCUCAAAGACCUCAUCGCCGGCCACGGAAACCGGCGUCAAGGAGCUGCAGGCCAUAGCCCGCGACUGGAAGAAUCCCGUAUUCCAUUGGAUAGCCAAGCAGGCCAUCGACGAACUCAAGGCUAUCAGCGAGGUGGAGUGGCCGGAGCAUAAACAGAAGUACGCCAGCUUGGAAUCAUCCGCUCCACCAUCUUAAGGCAGCCGGCGCUUGUCCUGUAUGCAUUUUCAUCCCAAAUUUUAUUAGAAAUUGAUAAAUACAUAAAAAAAAGAAACAACAAGAUUGUGUAGAUUGCGAGUAAACAAAUAAAUGCAUACAUCAUAAGAAGGCACGGUUUAUCUUUUGUGGGGCAAUAACAGGAUGAGCCUAGAGUGGAUGUCUCUUCUGGUAAUCCUCCCCAGAACUUAGGUCAGAAGUUUGGAGUCUUACCACGGCAAGACUUGGCUUUACAGAUAGUUGUGGAGAAUUGUUAAGAUUUGAACUAAGUUCGUGUGUCUGGAGGAGAAGACAGUGGAGUGGACUGUGGAUGUCUCUUCUGGUAAUCCUCCCCAGAACUUAGGCCAGAAGUUUGGAGUCUUCCCAAUCCAUCAAGACUUGGCUUUACAGAUAGUUGGGAAGAAUUGUGAAGAUUAGAACUAAGUUCGUGUGUCUGGAGGAGAAGACAGUGGAGUGGACUGUAGAUGUCUCUUCUGGUGAUCCUUUCCAGAACUUGGGCCAGAAGUUUGGAGCCUUUUGGGGGGAGAAUUGUGAAGCUCCAAAUUGUAUUCGUGAAUUUACAACUGAUUAGCUUCAAGAAUGACUUGGCUAUAUCGAAUCACCUUGGACAUGACACAACAAAAGAUAACAACCUUUCGAAGGGUUAGAAAUACUUCAAAUAUCGAUUAUAAAAUAAUUGAGUGCAGCUGCACCUGUUUUACCUUGAAAAUCAGGUAAAACAAACGAACUUAUUCAAAAUGCAGCUGCCGCAAUUUUAUUGCCAGACUUUCAUCUAUGAUUCCAAUCUUGGCUCCAAUUACAAUUUCAAAUUACAAAUUAAUAGGAAAAAAAAAAA